GACAAUAACCACCGUCGAAUCUAGAAAUUUGGUGUUUACAUUUUCAGUUGUACUGUCAGAGACACUCUUUAAGUAUUGUGGUAGGUUCUUGUGGGGCGAACGAGUGAUUUAGGACUACAACGUCCUGAAGUUUUUGGAUGGUUCGUUUCCAGUCGCCGCGAUGCCGAAGUACUACUGCGACUAUUGCGACACGUACCUGACGCACGACUCGCCCUCCGUGCGCAAGACCCACUGCCAGGGCCGCAAGCACAAGGACAACGUGAAGUUCUACUACCAGAAGUGGAUGGAGGAGCAGGCGCAGCACCUCAUCGACGCCACGACGGCCGCCUUCAAGGCGGGCAAGAUCGCGUCGAACCCUUUCGCGUCCAGCAAGGGCGCGGCCAUACCUCCCCCCAGCGGCAUGACCCACGGCGGGCCCCCCAGGCCGCCCGGGCCCGUGCACGGUCCCCCUCAGCAGGGCCCCGGCAUGAUGGGCCCCCCUGGCAUGCACCAGGGGCACAUGGGGCCCAUGAUGAUGGGACCGCACGGGCCCAUGCCCCCCAUGAUGGGCAUGAGGCCGCCCAUGAUGGGGCCCAUGAUGCCGAUGGGGCCGAUGGGACCUAUGGGCCCGAUGCGCGGGCCGCCUAUACUUGGUGGGCCGAUGGGACCACCUAUGAAGAACCAAGCGCGCCUAGGAUAGGCGAUUCGUAACACUGAUAUCCGUAUGUUACGUGGCCGUCUCUCUCGGACAAGCAGUGUGGAAAGGGGAAAAAAAAAAAACAUUUUGUGAUUUUUACGAUGUAAUACUACUGUAUUAAAAUAUAUAAUUUUUUU